CUUCUCUGUGUUUCCCCCCCCCAUUUCCCUUACGCUGGUGGCGUAGCGGGCGUACUUGGCGCAGCAGAAAAGGUGGAGGGAAGCGAGCAGAGAAGAAGCUGAGGCUGACAAGAAACCUGUAGGAGCCAGAACGUAUGCAGCAGAAGCACUUAUCCACGUGAAGGGUUUGCCCAGGGGGAGGAGUCUGGAGCCGCAAAGGAGCCCUGGCUGUGCUGUACACCAACUCCGAGCAAAUCCAGCAAUGCUUUAAAGAGCCCCUGCCCGGCAAAGAGGAACCGCUCGCCAGAUCCUCGGAUCAAGAAAGCUCCUGCUGGUCUGGAGCUUAGAGUUUUCUCCCCUUCCUCUUCGCCCCCUUGGAGAUGAACCAGAGACUUAACCUGCUGCUCUCCUUACCUGGAAUCUGCCUUGGCAAUGAUACGAUAGCCAGAUCUGACCACCAAAGAGAGAGGAGGAUUUUUAAUUUAAAGCUACACUGCCCUUGCAUCUGAACUCAAACUCAUACCCUCUAUUUUUUGUACCUUGGAUUGACUGGGGAAUAUUUCUAAAUUUUAUUUUUUGUUUGUUUGUGUUUCACAUUUUUGAAACUUUAUUGUUUCUAGUUGCAGCUGCUGCUCUUUCUGAUUUAUUUGGGUUGUUUCCUUUUUUUUUUAAUUGGGCAGUUUCUAGCCUUUGUUUGUUUGUUUGUUUGGUCUUAUUUGAACUUGCCCAUGGCUUUUUUGAUGAAGAAAAAGAAGUUCAAAUUCCAGACCAGUUUCACUUUAGAGGAGCUGACAGCGGUCCCUUUUGUCAACGGGGUCCUGUUCUGCAAAAUCAGGCUGCUGGAUGGAGGGGAUUUUGCCACCUUGUCUACUAGGGAAGAAGUUCAAGAGAACUGUGUCCGCUGGAAGAAGAAAUUCACCUUUGUCUGUAAAAUGAGCGCCAAUCCUGCCACAGGGCUCCUGGACCCCUGCAUCUGCCGUGUGUCUGUCCGCAAGGAACUGAAGGGUGGAAAAACUUAUUCCAAGUUGGGUUUUGCCGACCUGAAUCUGGCGGAGUUUGCCGGCUCCGGGUUCACCGUCCGGUGCUGUUUGCUGGAGGGGUACGACACCAAGAACACCCGUCAGGAUAACUCUAUUCUGAAGGUCACCAUCGACAUGUCCUUGCUGUCCGGAGACCCCUGCUUCAAGACUCCUCCCUCCACUGCCAAAUCGAUUACCAUCCCAGGGCAGGAUUCGACCCUCCAGCUGACCUGUAAAGGCAAGGGGACUACCAGCACCACCACUGCCGCCGCCACCAGCACGUCGACCGCUCUCGGCUCGGUCCGUCAGAACAAGCCCAGGCCCACCAUCCUCGGCUCAGGGGUACCAGAGGAACCAGACCAAAACCUGUCCAGUCCCGAGGAAGUUUUCCAUUCUGGACAUUCACGGAAUUCGAGCUACGCCAGCCAGCAGUCCAAAAUCUCUGGUAACUGCUCGCCACAUAAGUUUGCCAAGGAAACCCAAAGCUACAGCACCGAGCACUCGCAGUCCUCCAGCAUGUCUGACCUGACCCACCGCCGCAACACCUCCACCAGCAGCAGUGCCUCGGGGGGUCUCAGCAUGACCGUGGAGUGCCCAGAGGGGGAGCGCGAACACAAGCCCGAGAAGCCGCCACGCCCACCGAGACCGGCCCUUCUGUCGGAAAGGUCGUCCAGAAGGAAGAAGGACUCUGUGGAAAGCCACCCCACGUGGGUGGAUGACACCCGGAUCGAUGCAGACGAUAUCGUGGAGAAAAUUAUGCAGAGUCAGGACUUCACAGAUGUCAGUAACAAUGAAGAUAGUAACCUGAGGCUGUUUGUGAGCAGAGAUGGCAGAACCACCCUUAGCGGGAUACAGCUCGCAAACAGCUUUCUGACGUUUGAUUUCAGGCCAGAGUCUCAUCUGGAGUUUACGAGCCAGUGGUAAUCGAGACCCAUUAAAAUGUGAACCGGACGAGGGGAGACCCGCUGGAGAUGGUCUCCCGCUCACAAUGGAUGCCUCCACCACUCCCCCGAACCGACACCUUUCAGUUCCCUUCCCCCUCUCUUUUUUUUUAGCCCUCUUCUUCCUACAACAUUCCAGGCGGGACUUUCCAAAACCCCUCUUUCCCCAGCACUCAGGCGCUCCCGAACGGCUCUUGAGGACAGGGCGCUCCUGGGGAGCCUCGCAGAAGUCCAUAGAGAAGCGUCUCGCGCUUUGAGCCAUGCCGAUCUGAAAGGUGGGGGCGAGAAAACCGCCUCGUCGGAAGGAUGGAGGGAGACAUGAAAGAGAGUUCUCCAUUCUCCGGGCAAAUUCUCAUUCCACUGACCAUUUGCAUCCUCUCAACCACUGGGUGAUACCACUUGAUGCCACUCUUGAUGAUGCCACUCUGUUUCACACUCUCCCGCCUCAAAUCCCGUCUCCUUCGGCAGGGGGAGAAAGACCCAGGGCUGACCUAAUGCACAGGCCACGUAAAAGCAGCCGCCGCCGCCGCCGCCCUCCUCGGCCACAACAGAAACCCCUUUGACCGAAAGGAUUCUCUCGCCUUCUAGGCUCUGAGAAGAUCUCACCAUGAGGACUUUGAACGACGACAUCAAGCACCCUGAAUCUAACCAUGGAAAGUAGAAGCCCCUGAAGAUCCUCCUUGAAUAGGGUUUGGGGUCCCCCCCUUCCUUUUUCAUUCCAAAAGUGCAUUUCAGGAAUCAGUAAGAGGCGAUCAGUAACUGCCAGUGUCGUGAACGGCAGUUUUGCAUAAAUUCCUCCACCACCACCCACGCCCGCUUUCAGGGAAGGGCAUGAAAAGGGGCAACGCCCCACGUUUUUCCCCAAGAGGGGAGCACUUUUACAGAUUUCGGCCGUGGGCAAGAAGAGGAUCUCGAAAGGCUGUUUUCAAGCGUGGAGUCUUCUCUGUCCGUUUGGGUUUGAAUUUCUGUGCCACCAAGAGCCGCUGCUCAGGAUCUUUGGCUGGGGAGGGGUUUUAAGAUGCAAAAAAAAAUCACCCAGCCCCUCUGGUGAUCCUGCCCUACUUAUUUGGAGGCCUGUCCAAGAAUCAUUCUAAAAUGCACCCAUGAUUGCUUUCCCAAAUCAGAAGGUGAUGAUGCUGUGGCUAGGAAGUUCUUUCCAUGCUUGCUGGGAAUGUUUUGAUAUAUAUAGAGAGAGAGAAAGAGAGAGAGAGAGAUUUCCUCCCCUAGUCCCCACAAAAAAAAUCUGGGCCCCCUUGGUGAUUUUUCUCCUUGCAUUUCUCUUGCCUCUACUCCAUCCCUCCAAUCGGGUUGAACCUGCAUUUGGAACAGGGAUCUUAUUGCUGCUAUUUUUUUUCCAGUUCAAUUUGUGGGGAAGCUUUCUUUAAACCAGGGAUAGGAAGUUAAGACGCUCCUGUUGUGGUGGUGGUGGUCGUGGUUUGACUUACAACACCCAUCGCCCCUGCUAAUGUAACCCGUGAAAAGGGAUUCUGGGUGCUGCGGAGCAAAAAAAAAAAUACCGGGUGGGGGUGUCUCUUCCCCAGUCUAAAACAUGCACAGAUUUGUCCACGUGCUUGCUUGUGUCGUGCAAUGUAGCUUCCCUUAGCCUGCGGCCCACUAGGCUUGUUAGAUAACAGCACCCAUCAUCUGCAGGCAGCAUGUUGUCCUGGGGGCCGAUGGGAGUUGUCAGAAGCAUUUGGUGAGCCCCUGGUUUGAAAAAAGGCUGGAUGCUUUUUUUUCUGAAACAUUCCUUCCAGGUCUUGAUGCAGCAGAUGGAGGCAGUCUGAUCCUAUGCUGGUAUCCAUCAUUUCCAGCAAAAAAGGGGGGGGGGAUCUAUCCCAAACAGCUCCCCACUCUGUGAAAGAAGGCUUUUUGUAGUUAGCAUUCAUCUCGGGGCGGGGGGGAGAGGGAAAGACGCCUCUGCUGCCUGAUUCUUCCGCCUCCUCCCAUGUGCCAUGGGUUGGUUGUUUUCCUCAGAAGCUUUCACUGUGUCCUCACUGUUAAGUCACGAGGCUUUGGGGUGGAAGGGUGUGGGUGUUCUUGUUCUGGGCAACAGAUGCUUCAGCUCGCUCUUCCCCUCGCCCCACCACCACCACCAUCAUCACUGGAACGUGGCAGAAGAGAGUUAAGCUUGUGCGUAUGGCAGCGAAGCUGUGCCAUUAACGGCAGUCUUCUAGAUGCGAGAUCUGUUGGUGCCGGUCCUAAAGGCUGUUCCCUGCCCCGGGGGCAAGGGGGUGGUUGUCUUUUGUGUGCAGUUUCCCCACCCCUGGGCUGUCUUCCUCGUGGCACCACCUCCUCUCUUUUGCUGCUGCUCUGUGGUGAGCUCACCGACUGGUUUCCACUCUUGAGGGGCAGCCUGUCAGCCACCGCUGCGAGAGGGUGGCUGAGGCGUCGUCGUGUGUUUUGCUCAGCACCUGUGUAUGUGCUUGCACCCACACGUGUCCAUGCACGUUUAUAUCCACAAGCACAUCCACAAGCACACACUUUUGGGGAUGCAACCGGGGUGGGGGUGGGGGGAAAUGAUUGGGCACCAGAGGAGGCUGCGGUCUCUUUUCUUUUAAUCCCACAGCGAAGGAUGCUGGUGGGAUCUAACCGCUGUGCUUGCUUGUAGCAGAAGUGGAUGAGAGGGGAAUGGGCCAGCAAGGGCGAGGGCCCAACAGCACUGCGGCGCUGGCUUUCCUCUUGCCUCUGUCCGGCUGGGACCGUCUCGAGUCACCGUUCUGGGGGAAGAGACUUUCAGAAACCGGCCGGCUAGGAUUUUGGGUGAGGAGGGUGAGCGGGGGCUUCGCUUAUGCGCCCUGGGGGGGGUCAUAUGGAGUCUGAGGGCUCUGCUUUGUCCACCCACUGGCCAUGGGGAGGAAAGGAGAGAAGGGGCACUCAGCAUGUGCCUUUCAUGGCCUGGGCGUCGCAGUAAAUCAGUGCAUUAGAGUAAGCAUUGCUCUGCUGUUUCAAAACCUUGAGAGGAGGGGAAGGUUUCUCC